UGAGGUGCAGUUCUUAAACAGUUACUGUUGGGUUGUGUACCGUGAAACGAAACGUUAAUAAAUACGCAAGUAAUCUGUCAAAACCUAUUGAAAUAAAUUGUUAUUUUUAUUUUGUAAAAAAUAUUCGUGAAUAAAACAACGAGGGCAUUGUUUUAAUAAUCGGGCAAAAAUAAUCAACCGAACAUGGGGUUUCAUUAUUCGUAACAGUAAUUAGUGUUCAUUCAAACUGUUUUGAAGAGCAAGGUUUCGUGGAUUUUUAGAUUUCCUUGAACUUGAUACUUAAUUAAUUAAAUCGUCGCUAAGGACGAUAGCCAAGCUCUGUUGGUGUGGGGGUAAAGUGACUGACCUGUAUAAUAAAUAAAAUUAUAAAUAAGUGAAAAUGUCAAAGGUGUCGCUGAAUAACGUUCCAUCGAACCCUCGUAUUAGUCGUCUCAGGACCUUCUCCAGGACGGAAAGCGAAACCUCAUGUGAAGAGGCAGCAAGACUGACAGCGGAAGGAGCGGAAGCUGACGACGAUGAGGCCUUCGACUUUACAGCCCUGCCCCCACCGCCGGACGGAGGCUACGGCUGGGUCGUGGUCUUCGCUUCCUUCAUGUGCAAUAUGGUAGUUGACGGCAUAGCCUAUACCUUUGGCAUAUUCCUGCCGGAAUUGGUGGUGUACUUUGGCCAGGGCAAAGGGACAGUCGCAUGGGUCGGCAGUUUGCUGACCGGUAUUUAUUUAGCCGUUGGUCCGAUUGUGUCGGCGUUAUGCAACAAAUAUGGUUGUCGAGCGGUUUGCAUCGUGGGCUCCCUAAUCGCUACUGCUGCAUUCAUAGCUUCAACGUUCAGCAAGAGCGUUCCUAUGAUGAUGUUGACGUACGGACUCAUCGGUGGGAUCGGUUUCGGUAUGAUCUACCUGCCGUCGGUUGUGGCAGUGGGGUAUUACUUCGAAGCGCGUCGUUCGUUGGCGACCGGAAUAGCGGUGUGCGGCUCGGGCGUAGGCACAUUCGGGUUUUCGCCCCUCGCCACCGCUCUGCUGCACGAGUUCGGUACAUGGCAGGGCGCGAACCUCCUGCUGGCCGGUCUCAUAUUAAACUGCGCUAUAUUUGGCGCUUUAAUGAGACCCCUCGUUUAUCCUAAGACUUCAGGCGAGAAACCCCUUCUGCAACGUAUGGCCGAAGAGAAGAGACUGCAGAUGGAACGGGGGUCCAUAGGCGGUUCGUAUUUCGUGGUGCAGCUUCCCGACGGCACCAUGGAGAAGAGACUAAAGGCCCCAUUGAACAUCGAUCCCGGAGUACAUUCGUCGUUGAACCUGGAGGCUCUGGCCCGGGUGCCCACCGUGCCCAACAUGCACGGCGUGCCCACAGUGCCCACUUUGCCCACAAUCACUGAGGCUAAAGUCGUCGACACUACCGACAAAAAGAAGAACGAGAACGGGAACGUUAUAGUGAACCCCGUGCAAGUGCAAAUAUCGCGCAACGUGUCGUCGCCCGCGUUCAGCGCGCAGGCCCCCGGGCUGCCCAAGAACGGCUCGGUCCCGUUCUUCGACAGGCAGCGCAAGCACAGCACGGGCGAGAAAGGUGCUGAAAGAUUCAAGCCGUCCCUAGCAGCCAUCAAAGCGACUUCGAAGACCUCCGUCGGCAGUCACCGACCGACGCCAGAUGGCGACACAGAAAGCAACAUGUACAACUCUAAGUUGUCGGUCUCUGGGCCAAGGGAAGCGCCCCGCAUGGUCCGACCGAUGUCCCGUAAAGACAUCUUCUACUCCGGUUCGGUGCUCAAUCUACCUCAGUACCAGAGUCAGAAGUCUCUACAAGGAUACAGGAAUUCCGUGCUCAGCCUUCCACAGAGCAGGCAGACCGGGGACCUGGAACGACAAGAACAAUACGACCUCUGUCCUUGCCUUCACUUGCCGAAUUCGUUCAAAAGCGCGUUGUCUUCAAUGCUGGAUGUAAGCCUGCUGAAGGACCCCGCCUUCAUGCUCAUCGGCGUCUCCAACAUAUUCGGGAUGGCCGGACUGUACGUGCCCUUCGUGUACCUCACGGACGCAGCCAAAGUUAACGGCAUAGAACCGUCGCAAGCAUCGUUCCUGCUGUCCAUAAUCGGUAUAACGAACACGUUCGGCCGUAUCAUAUGCGGGUGGGUCGCAGACUUCCCCUGGAUGGACUCCUUGAUGCUGAACAACGUGUGCCUGGUCAUUGCCACGGUUUCUGUCGGUGUAACGCCCCUGUGCACCACGUACAGUGCCUACGUAGUGAUUGCUAUAACUUUUGGGAUUGCUAUUUCCGGCUACAUCUCGCUGACGUCGAUCAUCCUGGUGGACCUGCUGGGUCUGGAGAAGCUGACGAACGCGUUCGGGCUGUUGAUCCUGUUCCGCGGCGCCGCGGCCAUGGUGGGCUCCCCGCUGGCCGGCGCCGUGUUCGACGCCACGGGGACCUAUGGACCCUCCUUCUACAUGGCCUCCGUCUUCUUCCUGAUUUCGACCUUGACCUCGUUCGCCGCACCUUUGUUCCGCAGAAAACAAGAGGAGAUACCGCAGCCGUUAGACGUUUUGACUCCCAUAGACGAGGAUCUAGAGGAGGGUGACGAGGAGGACCCCGACGACACUCCCAUCACGAUGGGAGCGCAACUGGCGAGCCGCACUCCCGCCAUCACCCGCACGGCUGCCUCUCCCUCCGACCCUCCCUCCCCUACAAACAACGAACUGCAGCAAAGGGAAAGCGUGCUCUAGGGCUCACCUCAACACCGGCUGAUUCGCACGAGAGCUUCUCGAAUACGACGCAGAUUAUCACUAGACUAUAAAAAUCUAAUCAAUCGAACCAUAAACAAGAAAAUGCCUACUCAAGGUAUCCUCUUUUUGACUAACGGAGCUUGCAGCGCUGGGGUAAAUCUUUCUGACAAUAUCCUGACGGUCGUAUUCAAGAAACUAUCAUUGUGUAUGUCAUGCCUGAGGCCCUAAUCUUAGUAUUCAAAAGGCUGUCCACGAUGGUUAUAUAUUAUAUACGAAAGCCUCGUAAGGACCAGAAUCUUGUUAUUAACAACACACCGACAACUACUAUUUUACAAAAAAUCUUUUUUUUUUUUCUAAUAGAAUUAAAAAAUUGUUAGGGUAACGACAAUUAAUGUAAUUCGUUGAUAAUUAUGAAUAGAAAUAUCAUAUGCUUUGAUACAACUAUGCUAGAUAAAUAAAGGAGAAAAAUCAAUUGUAAACUGUUGUAUUAAAACAUCAGAAAUACGUGAACAAAAUUCUGGGGAUUGUAAUAGUGUGCUCUGUCUCUUUCCCACACUGUGAAUACGGGAUGCAUGGAACGUGCAGGGCGUCACGUAACGUUUUAAAAUGGUGUGCUCUAUCUGUAAUUUAAAUUCUUGUCGAUUCCCUUCUUUAUUCUAUUUAUUCUAUGUUCUUUAACAAAUUUAAAUAUAUUUGUGCUUAGAUUUUCAUACGACACAAAAAUCAAAUCAACUUGCUUAACAGUUCAGAAUAAGUAAAACUUUUUUGGUCUUUACGAGGAUAUAUUUUUGAGGGUUGAUUAGUUUGUUUAUAUCGACAACAAUGAAGCCUAAAAAGUCCGUGAAACCUUCGAUGACGCUUCUCGGCAAAGUAAGUACUUUAAUAGAUCUCAUUCCUACGAGAAUAUUCGUUGAAGGUAUUUCGAGACGGUAUAUUAAAUAUAUAAAUUUGUAAAGUACUUAAGAACGUAAAAUGUCAACACGAUUAUUUAUUUUUUCAUGUAUAAUAAGUGUUGCUAUAAAACGAAUAAAUUUGAAAAUUGAAAAAAAAAUGUUACCAUAGAUUUUUAAGAAUAGAGUAAACCGGAAUUGACUGCGGGUGAUAAAACUGAUGGCACCUUGCAUUUUAUUGACACGGCAGUUCUUACGACGUGCCAUAUUAUCUAUUAGUCGUGCGUGGUGCUAACUCCAUACAGAAACUAUGAAUAAUAUAGUUAUUACUCAAACAAAAGGACUGAU